AAUACCAUCAGAAUUCAGAAAGGCAAAAAAAAAAAAAAAAAAAAUCCAACUUUGCCAUGGAGUUUGAUUUGAGUCCUCAGUUCAACUUUGACAUGGGCAUGAACGCAAAACCCAGUCUUGAAUUUCUUGAGGAGGAUGAUGAUGAAUUCUAUGCUGAGAUGAGGAGGCAGAUUAUGAUUUUGACUGGAGAUCAGAAUGAUGAUUUUCCAGAGACCAAAAUCGUUAAGCCAUCUUAUGCUAGUGUCACAAAGCCAUGUAGCUUAAGCUCCACAUCAUCACAAGGCAGUAUGAGCUUGUGGCAAAAUGAGUACAUUACUAAUUCAGUAGCAGUACCAGUUCAGCUUGCAAAUUCGUGGGGAAAUAGCACUGGGACUGGAGUUUUCAUCCCUCAAAGUACUGGAAGAUCCAGAAGAAAUUACAAGCCAAGAACAGGAGGAAGGGUGAAUGACAGAAAAGUUUACAAGCGAGUGGAGAACAAGCACUGAUCAUGAAAACAAGUUAUUGCCUGCAAUUUAUGUCUCACCCAGAAAUUUUAUCAAUAAAUUGGAUAAGUUAAGCUAGUUAUAUUCUUUUUAGCCCAGAUUAUUUAGAAGCAAUAAGAAAGAGUAU